AUGCCUAGACCUCAGAAACGUAGACGCGUCAUGGUUGAAGAUCUUGAGGCCCAAAGUGAGACACAGGGCCAACUGAAUGUGCCGGUUCUGAUAGGCGAGGAGGAUUCCUCGUCCUCAUCUACCUGCUCCUCCUCUUUCCCCUCUUCCUUUUCUUCCACUUCCUCCUACAUUACUCAAAUGUCAGACAACCCAGAGGAGAAUAUUGCUGUUUCUGAGGCAUUAAAUCCUUCCCAGAGUCCUCAGAUAGCUUGCUCCUCCCUUGGUAUGGCCUCCUCUUCAGAUAGCCAGUCCAGGGAGGACUCUGAAAGUAAAGAGAGUUCAAGAAGCUCACAGGCCGCAUGGGCUGGGUUGUGUGUUGCUUUCUUGUCCAAAAGUGAGAUGGAUGUAAAGGUAAAUGAGUUGGUGAAUUUUCUGCUCUUUAAGUAUCUAAUGAAGGAGCCAGUCACCAAGGCAGAAAUGCUGAGUAAUGCUAUUGGAGAUUAUCAGGAACACUUCCAUGUGAUCUUUACUAAAGCCUCUCUGUACAUGCAAAUGGUCUUUGGCAUUGAUAUUAAGGUGGUGAAACCUGCUUCCCAAACCUAUAUCCUUGUCACAGCCCUGGAGCUCACCUAUGAUGGGAUGAUGCCUGGUUCCCUGGGCUUCCCCAAGACGGGCCUCCUGGUAAUGGUCAUAUGCAUAAUAUUCACGGAGGGCAACAGUGUCAGUGAGGAGAAGCUGUGGGAAAUGUUAAGUAACGUGGGGCUAUAUGCUGGGAAAGAUCACUUCAUUUAUGGGGAGCCCAGGAAACUCAUCUAUGAGAAUUUUGUGCAGGAAGGGUAUCUGGAAUUCAGGUGGGUGCCUGGCAGUGAUCCCGCUCGCUACGAGUUCCUGUGGGGUUUGAGGACCCUUGCUGAAACCAGCAAGAUGAAAGUCUUGGAGUUUUUGACCAACAUCAAUGGGAGUGAUCCCAGAUCCUACCCUUCACAGUAUGCAGAAGCUUUAAGAGAGGAGAAAGAGAGGGCCUAG